CAACGUCAACCUCAUGUUUCGUUUCGUUCGAUCGUGCGUGUAUGCCGUUUUAGAUUUUACGGAAAGAAAGGAAUUUUAUAUCAAGGAAACCUGUUCAAAAGUUGGCCUAAUUAAUAUUUAAAAGUACCAAAAUGACGGAACGGGAGCCUAUAAGCGGAUCCAGUCGUGACUACGGUGCGACAGCCGCCCCGCCAGCAGUCGCCUUCGCCGAUUUCAGCCCAACAGAACUUUAUAACCUGACAGAAGGCAUUGCUGAUAACAUCAACUCCGUCAACUCGGGCUUGCUCUCUUUGGAGAAGAAGAUGAAGCAAAUCGGCGGGCCCAAUGAUAACCUGCAACUCAGGGAGAAAAUUCACGAGUGCCAGCAGACGGUGAACGCUUGCGUGUCGGCGACGGCGCGGGACCUGGCGCGCCUGGGGGUGGUGGUCCGGCGCGGGGACAAGCCGCACAAGCUGCAGCUGGAGCGACUCACGCAGGCCUUCAGGGAGGCGCUGGACAAGUACUCCGGCGUGCAGAAGCAAGUUUCAGCUAAAAUGGCGGAGUUUAUGCCUCGAGCGCCUCGGACUCGACCUGAUCCACAGCUCCAAGCUAUAGCUGAUGAUGAGGAGGCCACCCUGCUGGCCAACCAACAGGCACAGGCUCGCUUAGUACAGUUCGAAACGAGCAUGAUGCUAGAGCGGGAGGCCUACAUCAAUAAGAUCGAAGCUGACGUGUUGGAUGUGGGACAGAUCAUGAGGGAGUUGGCCACUAUGGUUAAUGCGCAGGCGCAGACUGUCGACUCGGUGGCCAGUCACGUAGAAGACGCGGGCGCUCGUAUAGAGGCGGGGGUCGAUGAACUCGCCAAAGCGGCCGAGCACCAGCGACAAUACCGGCGGAAAAUGUUCAUACUCAGCCUCAUCGCCGCCGUAGUAGCCAUCAUACUCAUCGUGUGGAUCGUCAAAGCUUUCAGAUAGACGGUCCCUUUUAAAAGGAAACGAGCGAGCCUUAAGCCAGAAACAUAUUAACGUGUCGUGGCGCAUCGGUUUCGUACGUUUAUUAUGGGUUAGAGAGAGAUAGAGAGGUUAAAGCGUCGACACGACGCGAUACGUAAAUAUG